AUGUCUGCAUUAACAGUGCCCGAUGUUCUCUUGGCAUUGCGAGAUUUCCUUGCCGUCUGGAUUUCCCAGAUCAUCUACUAUAACCAUAUUUACCCAGAUGAUGCAUUUAGCAAGAAACUGUACCUCGAUGUGACGGUUUAUCAAUGUCGAGCUCCCGCUUUGAAUGAAUAUUUAGAGAGAUUUGCCAUUGACAUGAUCUCUAUCUUGGUUGAAAAGGAUGGAGGAGGCAAAGUCCAUGAUAUCGUGGUUUUACUCUAUGACGAGUCAAGUCUCCAUGUGCGACAAAGAUACAUUGCUAACUUCAACCAGUUCUCAGGUCUCAAGGGCCAAUUGUCUUCGCUUGACUUUCUCCUGAAUCCUGCUGCCGUCAAAGAUACGCAGUCAGCAAAGAUAAACGUUCCCAACUUCACGCGAGACAAUAUGUAUGUCCACUUGCGAAGUCUCAUUUUCUUCCACAUUGAGGAGCUUAAGCGAAAUGAAGCGCCAGUUUCUAAUGAUUACUUCUUCAAGCUAUUGCUUAACGCUGACAGUGAGACUGAUCUCAAUAGAAGCAGGACACACGAAACACUGUUUUCGUGCCUUUAG